GCUCUUGUGCUGCCAUGCGCCCACGUGUCGCCUCCUGCCAGCACGGGUGCCACGUGCCAUGUACGGCCGUGCCAGCUCCGCGGCUCUCGGGGCCGCACGUGUCGCCUCGAGAGCGGCAAGCCGUUUAAGUACGUCGACCCAUAUCGUUCUACGGUGGUUCUCGCACACUUGCCCACACUUCUUCAGAGUAGUAUCAUCUCCGAUUGAGAUCCUCCCAAACUUGGCUUGUACUCGACUAGAGCUUAGACCAGCGAAGAUCGAUGUCGUCAGUGAGCCUCGUGAGAGCGUCGCUUCCAUGGCGCCGCGGCAUCGGCAUCGGCACCGGCAAGGCCGUGGCGCGUAGUCUGCGCUCUGUCCCGCUGCUGCACAGGCCAGCGUGCUCCGUGGCCGUGGGCGGCGUCCGCUGCAACGCGACGACGCCGCCGGGGUUCCCGGGCCCGUCGCCGGAUGAGAUGCCGGGCAACGCGCGGCCGCCAGAGGAGAUGCCGGGCGCGGCGCGGCCGCCGGAGGAGAUGCCGAGCAUCGACACGCCGCCGGAGUUCGAGCCGCUGCCGCCGGGAAUCGACGACGUGCCGAUGCCCGGGCCUGGGCCUGGGCCGGAGAUGCCCGGCCCGUCGGUGCCGUCGCCGCCGACGCCGGAGAUCCCGAGCGUGCCGCCGCGGAACCCUGAGGCCCCGUCCCCGCCGCUGCCGCCGGAGCUGGACCCGCCGCGGGCGCCGCCCGAGGUCGUGCCGCCCAAGCCGUCGGACGUCCCGCCGCCCUUCGUGUAGAACGCGUAGCAGCAGGAGCAUAUGUCAUGUGUGCGCGACGUACGCAACGCAUCGUCGGCCUCUCGAUGGCCAGAGAAGAACUAGUGCUGUAAAAUAUUCCUCGUUUAGCUUCGAAUAAAAGACACGCCUGCAGCAGGCGUCUUGUUCCGA